AUGCCGUUGGCCGUGGCGGACAAUGCCGUACAGCCGCACACCGACCGCAAACUGCCAGAGCAGCAAGACUCCCCAAACCCAAAGGACCCCAGCGAUCCAAACGACCCUGUUUUCGGAUCUGUCCCAGCUGCACUACUACCUUGCGACCGGACAACGAUGGCGGGUGGUUUGGAUUCGAUCUCCUACGGCAACGUUGUCGGCGGUAGAGCGCCGCUGCCGGUACCCACCCGCCGCGGCCUGGACUCCUCUCCCGCGCUGUUCCUCUGGGAGAGUAGGACCACCACCGUGGACGUGAUGUCCGUUUCGAACACAACGCGGCCGGUUGUGGUUUCGAGUUCGAGAAACAGCGAACGCCGCCGGAUACAGGUCGUCCUCCCCUACGGCGUCGGCUCGGGGGCAGCCGGAGGGGCGGCAGGAAACGGCAGGGGGCAAAGGGGCGGCGGCGCAAGCGGCCGCGCGGGAGCGACGGGCACCAUGAUGAGCCUUCUCGACCCCCCGAACCCCACCGCGCUCGAGGCUCGGCUGAACGAGAACCGUCGGUUGAAGCGCGGCCGGGACCUCCGGCGAGAGCGCCACGCCUUCCUCUCGCGACUCACCCAGGAGCGAGAGGAGCGGGUCCUCCUGGAGGCCUGGGCGGCGUCGACGAUCCAGGCGCUCUUCCGGGGGUUCCUGGCCCGGCCCCGCCCGCCGCGGCCCCGCCCGCGGAAGGAGCUCACGCCGGCGGAGUCAAACCGCAGGCUCGUCGCCGACCUGCAGGCGAUCCUCGCCCGCGCCGGCCUGCCGACCAUCCCCGGGCUCGGGCCCGACGGGAGGAAGACAUCGGAGGGUACCGCUUGGGGACAGGGGCGGGGGGCAACAAGCGGCAACGGCGGCGGUGGCGGAACGGCGGGAGCAGGGGGGAGGGGCCUGAAGCGCUCGAGGUCGCGGAGGCAGCGGGCGUUCGAGGACGAGAUGAGCACGCGAAUCACCAGGGUGGUCAGGGGUUUCCUGGAGCGGAGGCGUUUCGGAAGGCGGUGGGCGGUGUGGGACAGGAAGCGGCGGCGGUCGAGCGCGUCUCGCAUACAGAACUGCUGGAGGGCCUACCGCAAGCGCAUGGGCUGGCGCGAGCUCGAGUCCGAGGUGAUGGACCGUGCGGCGGCCAAGAUACAGGCGCGCUGGCGCGGCGUGGCCUGCCGCAUGGGGCUCGCCCGCAAGGCCACCGACGACGCCCUCGGGAAGAGGAGAAUGGUGUCGGCAGUCACCAUCCAGGCGGCGGCGAGGAGGCGCGCCGCGAUAGUGAGGUACGGUUCGAAGCUAACACUUGGCGCCGCCAGGCGAGAACGGGAGGCGAGGUCCGCGGCUGAGGCAGCGAGGCCUCGCCGGCGGUGGAACCGGGGGGGGGGGGCGGGGGGCACCACGGGUGCUGCUGCUGGCACCGCGGUGGCGGCGACAUCGGAGGGCGGCGAAUCAGCAAGAGGUCGCGCGCAGCCAGCGAGAGGAGUUGAGACAGGAGACCGGGAAGCUGCUGCUUCAGUGGUCGGGGCGGCCGCGGCUGGUAGCGGGGGUGGCCGAGACAAAGAACCACCGACAACGGCGGCGGCGGCAAGGAAUGCGGGCGGAAAAGGCAGAGGGGCUGCACGACCACCGACAUCGAAGAUCAAGCUUUUAGAACUGCAGCAGGAGGACCAGCAGCAGAAGCAUGGGGGGCCCGCUCACGGGUCGGAGACUGGCCUGUCCAACCUGAAAGUCGGGCUGUCUCCUACUGGGGUUGGAUCAGCAGACGGUAGCGGCGGCGGCAGCGGCGGGACCGACGAAGGGUUGAGCGGCGGACUUUCCUCCGACGUGAGAAAGAGAGCAUCGCAAGAGGCGAGCCUGCAGUUCGUCCAGGAAAGCAUUCAAGCCGCGGUCGUCAGUGCGCGGAAGCACUCGGUAGAGGGAACAGGCAGCCAGUAG